GUUGGAGUCUCGCAAGUCCGCCGCACGCCCGCUGCUCAGAGAGCCUCAGACCCACCCCCAUACUGUGUGUACAACAACAUGGUUAUGUAGGCUGGGAGAAGAGAGAGAGCGUCCGGGCUGGUGUACAUAUACAGUACAAUGAGAGAGGGCCCUGUUCUCUCACGGCCGUCCCGUUGACUUCCAUACCGAUAAGCAGCACAGUUCGUGCUUUAGUUAGUCCUCCUCACGGCCGGCAAUGACAAUCCCCGACUACUCUCCCAUCACAGCAAUGAGCGAGCCCUCUUCUCCCGCCCUCGCCGCCGCCGUCUUCGACUCUCCCCGCUCUCGCCAGUUCAUCACCGUGCCCUCCGGCCUCCUGGUCGCUUUCGCAGAGGUCGGCGACCCCGCCGGCGUUCCGGUUUUCAUGUUGACCGGCCUCUCAGGGGUUCGUCUGUUGGCCCUUUCCUUCGUUCAUCUGUGUCGCGAGACGGGCGUCAGGCUCAUUGCCUUUGACGAGCCGGGCGUCGGCCUCAGCGGGGAGCUGGAGGAGGAGGAGCGUGAAGGGACCGCUGACGCCCCUGCAAAGACUUUGUUCAAGGAUGUUGUUGAAAUCACACUCGCCAUCGCUGACCUUCUCAACCUUCCCCGAUUCGGCCUCCUGGGCUUCUCCCUCGGAACCGUCUCCUCACUCACCUUUGCAAAAGACCAUGCACAUCGCAUCAUAGGUCCCGUCCAGCUCUUCUCCCCCUACAUCCUCCCACCCGCCCCGGGAAUCUCUACUCUCGUGAAAGUAGGCGCCGCGCUCAACGCCUCACUCAUCCGCGGCGUCGUCACCGCCGCACUAGGCAUCGGCAACGACCCACGCCACUCCAUCUGGCGGCGACCCAUAGUCAGCCUCAUCGACCAGAUGGGCAUCGUCUCGUCCUCCCUGCGGGCCGCCUCGUCAUCCUGCCAACCCAGCAGCAAGAAGCCAAAGGAGGACGAGGACGACGACGACGACAGCAGUGUGGAAGAGCAAAAGAUCUGGAAACUCCCCCACGUCGUUGCGCUUUCGCAUCGCCAGGAAAAACUCGAAGCGAUCUCGUACGCACUCAGCCGCGACGCGUCCCUCACCCCACUCACAGCCGAGGAAAAAGCGCGUAAGCUCUCCCCGCACGCCGCAUGGGCAGACCUCGACGUGUCCGCCGAACUUGCCGCAGAAAGCUUCCCGCGGCGCCCGUACGCCGGGCGCGGGAUGGUCCGCGACCUGCUGAUCGGGCUUGGAAAGUUCGGACGGCCGGCGUAUGACCCCGAGGAGGUGCGGGCGGAGUGUCAUAUAUGGCACGGCACCGCGGAUGGGCUGGUCCCGAUGGCUGCGGCCCGCGCGCUUGCGGAGCGGUUGCCUGGUGCGAGACUUACGGAGGUGCGCAAGGGAUCGCAUGCGGUUAUAUGUAAUCAGAAGGUGGUGAAGAUGGCGUUUCGUGAGAUUGUCGAUGCCGCUGAAGCCGGCUAGGACUGGCGAGUCAUGGGAGGAAGCCGGGGCGGGGCGUAUACUGUAAUGGGAGGGCGGGGUCAUGGCUAGCCCAUGCGUCGCACUUGGAACGUCUAUCUUACUGUAUAUCGGUAAAGUCGGGCGACGCACAUGCACGGACACUAGGCUAGAUAGAUAGUUUAUGUUCCGAGAUAGACAAAGCGAGGAGGGACCGGUCCGCAUGAUUGGAGCAACCGUAUGAAUGCAUUCUUUAACAUGGUGGAUAAAGGCUC